AUUUAACGUGGCUUUCCUUUCCACAACGAAACCAACAACCAAAAUUUUUGGAAGUAAUCCACAACAAACGCGUUAAAUAUACCAUCUCCCAAAUACUUUUAACUACUCGCCAUUAUGACAGACCCCUAUGCGCUCGUUAAUCGGUCCGUUCCCAGAUGACUGCUCGUUUAGCACAAGCAAUCCUUCCUUGCGCCCAGCCCACUCGCCGGACGCUAUUGACUCAUUCCGCAACCAGACACAUCAUCGGGCGUUAUAAUCAACCUUCCAUAAGCUGGACAGGAACCAAAUCUGUGGGCUUCUUCCAAAAAUUACGCUGUCUAACACAACCACUCCGGAAUCCUAUGUCAUUUCGAGAGAAAUCAAGCCUCUCUCCUGAAGAACGACCUAGCAAGCGGAGACGAAUUUUAGGGGCCUUUGUAAAGGAGGACACCCAGAGAGCCAUGACCAAAGACUCGACUACCUCGUCGACCGUUCCCCGAAUAACACUUACGCCCAUCGAACAGACUUUGCGAUUAUGUCUCCUUGAUGCGGUGGAGUUUAUUCAGCAACGAGACAAGGAAGAUACCCAAGCGUUGCCAACAGACGUCGAGCCACUGGUUUUACGGUUCGCUGGAGGAUGGGUGCGCGACAAGCUUCUCGGUGUUGAUAGUCAUGACAUUGAUGUAGCAAUAAACUGCAUUACGGGGGAAAGAUUCGGGGAGGGGUUGAAAGAGUAUCUGGACACCCCGGGAAACCUCGAAAAAUACAAGGCGUUUCACUCUGACCCGUCUAUUAUUGAUUGCAUCAAAAUCCAUAAGAUUGAGAAGAAUCCCGAAAAAUCGAAGCACCUUGAAACUGCCACUACGAAAAUAUUCGGCCUGGAAGUUGAUCUGGUAAAUCUGCGGAAAGAGACAUAUACUGAUGAUAGCCGCAAUCCACAGAUCGAAAUAGGCACCCCAGAGGAGGAUGCACUUCGUCGGGAUGCUACUGUGAAUGCAUUAUUUUACAACAUACAUACAGACAUGAUUGAAGAUUUCACAGGAAAGGGGUUACAAGAUUUGGAAAAUAAAAUUAUACGUACACCGAUGGCUCCCUUCCAAACUUUUAAAGAUGAUCCACUCCGAGUUCUACGGUUGAUACGCUUCGCAAGCAGACUGGGUUACAGUAUCGACAGCGACACAGAAGAGGCUAUGAAAAUUGAGGAUAUAAAAGCGGCUCUAAAAGCAAAAAUUACGCAAGAAAGAAUUGGUGUUGAGAUGGAGAAAACUCUACGAGGACCCGACCCCUUAACCGCUUUGCAGCGGAUCAACCGACUUGGUCUAUAUGAUACUAUUUUUGCUAAUCAUCGGGAUAAUGCCGGAGUUGAUACAUCAUCCUGGGAACGAGGCUAUAAUGCCCUUACGCUUUUGUUAAGCGAAUCGACUGGAAAUAUUGAUGAAUCGCAGAAAACGCGAGAAUAUGUCCGAGAUACGCUUAUCCGCGAUGAGAAUGAGAGAUAUUUUGCUUGGUUUCUCACUGCGCUUGCCCCGUGGGUCACUAUUGCGGACCCAGUACCACCAAAACCCUCAAAGCCUACAGUACCACGCGCUACAACUGUCGCUAGAGAUAGCCUUCGUGCAGACAACAAGGCUGCCAGUAUUAUCUCUGCAGCCUCCAAGAAUUAUCAGACGAUCUGGGAUAUCAAAUCAUCUUUUCUUAAGAAUGAGAUCGCCGAUACGCCUUCUGAGACCCGCGUGAAAAUUGGACUCUUCAUCCGCACCCUGUCUCAUGACUGGCGAUUAUGUUUUGUUCUUGCUAUGCUCCUUGAAGUUAUGCGGGGACAAGAAGCUGAUCAUGUAUUUCACAAUUAUGAAAAGUUGCUUUCAUACAUUGAAAAUACUAAUCUUCUCGACGUGUGCUCAUUACGACCACCUAUCAACGGACGCGACAUCAUCAACGCUCUCGGCGUGAAGACGGGACCUUGGAUGUCCAAGGCCGUGGAUAUGGUUAUCGAAUGGCAGCUUCGCAACCCCGACGAAGCAAGUAAGGAGGCCGCAAUUAAUGAGGUUCUUAGAAGGAAAGAUGAGUUAGGACUAAAUAGCAAAACAAUGGGGAAAUAGAAGUAGACAAUCUGAAAGCAGGUUGAUAAUGAAUAUGCGGGGUAUAGUAACUACAGUACAAUCCAUUUAUUUAUCAUAUUGUAGGGCGGUUGUUGGAUACCUAGAGUCGAGUUAGGGUUUUUGAUGACAAAGCUAGCUUCCACACACCUAACUACACCAAUGAGGUGUAUACAGAA